AUGGCUGGGGAGAGUCUUUCACUCGAUGUCACCCAACUUCCUGCUCAUAGCGAAGUCAAGGCUACUCUUACGAACCCGCUCUUCUUCCCAAGUGGAGGUUUCCUCGCAAAGUACUGCAGCCAUGCCUAUGCCUAUGCUACAAACGAAGGUAUUCGUGCACUGCCAGCUGUCCUGAAGGGGUCAGACAUGGUGACUUACGAGGUCUUCCAGUCGCUUGGCAUCCGAGUUCAGCUGCGUCCGGCACUGGACUACGGUCAUUGGGCAGAGGAUUUCGACGACUUUAUGGAAUACGAUCGUAUCGGCAAAAGACUGACCGAGCCCAUUGGAAGCAACGAGGGUGGUUAUGAGGACUGCGAUGCUGAGACGAUUUUCGAGUACUUUCCGCAAGACAAGCUUCAUGUGAAGUGGCUGAACAAACCAGUUACAGACAACGCGAACAUGCAGUAUACGUUCCUUGCCUAUGGUAAUCAAGCCGAGCUCAACUGGUCAUACAGCUAUUGUGUGCUGCUCAUGCGCAUUCCGUCAUACUCUGAGCGUGUUCAGUCCACCAACUAG